GCUCGGUGUUCGUACAUCUAACAUCUUCCCCAGUUCUUUGACCAUGGGUGUAUUCAAGGAGAAGCUUAAGCAUUGGUUUGAGCCACAAAAGAGACCUAAUCGUGAGAAGAUAAGAGCAGCUUCUCUUGCAUCGAGCUAUGGGUCCACGAUGAGUGACGGCUCCAUGGAUUCCCCUCCUUCUUUCAAACGUUCUUUGGCCAUGUCUGAAUCUGAGGAGGAAAUCCCGCCCUUCCUGCCCUGUCUGUGUGAGGAAGACGAGAGGGAGGACGUCUUGAACUUUGAAGAUGGACCUAUCACCUCCAGUCCUGAGGAGAUGAGAGCAGCUUCUCCUGCACCGAGCUGUGUGUCCAUGAUGAGUGACCGCUCCAUGCGGCUACCCGUUUCUUUCAAACGGCCUGCGAGCUGUGAGUCUGUGAAGAGUGACCAAUCCAUGGGGCCCCCUUUCAAACGAUCUAAAUUCAGUCCUGAGGAGGAAGAAGCAGUUUCUCCUGCAUCGAGCUGUGACCCCAUGAAGAGUGACCGCUCCAUAAGGAACCCUCUAGAUUUCCAACGAGAUCGAGGGAUAAAUGCAGGACCCUGGACAGACCUGGACAGACCUGGACAGACCUGGACUCCAUAUUCUCGGUGUGUAGCAUGGUGUGUAGUAGUAUUGUGUUGACGUUCCCAUGCAGUAGAUGACAUAAUCAAGUCAUCUAACCCUAACCCUUUUUGUUCAUAAGUCAAUUAAUUUUAAUAAAUGUGUACAACUGUCCAUAUAAAGGCAGCUAUGUUUAAGUGAUUUAAAGCUAUAUUUAGAAUUUGUAUUGCUUAGAGACUGAAGUCUCCAUAUUAAAUUGAAUAAUUAAAACGAAAGUUAAUAUAAUCAAAUAUAAUCUUGUAUAACCCACAAUGAAAAUGCAUUAUAUUUCAUGUUGUUCUAUAAUCACAGUAUUUACAAAAACAAGUGGUUUGUUAAGUUGAGUUUAAGGCCUAUUGUAGUUUAUGGGUGUCACUGUUUAAAGAGGGGAGUUUCUUUCCUCACAGCAAGCUGAGCACAGGGGGGGAAGUACUGGAGCCCCAACAUGUGUUUAGGCCAUACUAUAGGAGCAUAUGUCUGGACAUUUCCAGUCCUGCACACCAGAGGCUAUGACCUGUUUUCUACAUAUAUGGCAACCCUGUCUCCUAAAAAUUACGUUCCCACAGAACUA